UCGCGCUACCGUCUCCCAGCGUUACGCCCCUUAACAUCCAUCCACAUUUCACCAUUCGUUCAUCCAUCCGUUGCGCACCGCCGAGGCCCCGACAGCGCUGGACUCACUGACUUUGUAUCCGUUCCUGGCUCAAGCCACUGCUGCAUAUAAGCGCACGGCGUGCAAAAUUUUGGGCAUCGACAGAGCUUAAUUCGGCCCGGCUCCUCCACAUCCAUCCAAUUUGAGCCUCCGCGCACUGGUCGUGUAAAGGUGGCACUACUGUCUCUGAAACGUCUGUUAUUCUCGAUUCGGGGUUGGAGGAAUCCAGUGUGAGAUCGUUGCCUCGUGAGUUGCGCGAGGAGUUGGUGAUCGUUAUUGAGAUUAGGUUCGAGAUCCAGGGGGACGAUGGUUGAGUGGCUUGAAUCGUGAGUGCUGGACCGAUGGUGCGUGAGUGAGAUGGUGGCGUGGAGGCGUGGUGGCGCAUGGGUUAGUUGGUAGAGGGUGCGUGUGGUAGUGUCGCAUCUCUUGGGGUGCGUUUCGAGUGGAGGGCGUUUGCUGUGUGGAGUUGAGUUUGGGGAGAGCGAGUGCGGGCAUAUCAAUGGCGGGGCAGAAGACUCCCACGAAGCGCCCCGGGAAGAGCAAGAAUUCUUUCGGCGCUUACUACGAACAAUUGUGUAUGUGAACUCGCCUACCUUAGUCGUUUCCUCUCUUCAGUUGAUUCGAGGAAGUAGGUGGUGGUAACUGUACAGGUAAAGUGAAGGCUCGUAUGGUUAACAGUGUCGGUCCUGUUUCUUGAGUAUAUCGGUUUGAGCGCACAUUCAAUUCCCUCGUUCUGUCGAUUGUUAUACCUAUGGGGCAGAUUCUGGCUCGUCUAUUCAAUCGGUUUGGGCGCUACAAGAACCACCAGAAGAUCCUCAUGCUUGGUCUCGACGGCGCGGGAAAAACUACUCUUCUCCGUAAAGUAACUGAUCCUAGUACACCGCGCUUGACACAACCCACCGUAGGCUUUAACUUGGAGUCUGUAAGGCACAGAAACCUGACGCUAAUCAUGUGGGACGUGGGCGGUCAGGAGAAGAUCCGCGCGCUAUGGCACCACUAUUUUAUCAAGUCAAACGCCCUGAUAUUUGUAGUUGACAGCAGCGACUCCAGCCGCAUCCCAGAGGCAAGAAAGGAGCUCCAGAAGCUGCUUCAUGAGCCAGAGCUCAAAGAUGCGAAGCUGCUGGUAUACGCCAACAAACAGGAUGUGCAGAAUUGUCUCAGCUCCUCCGAUUUGACUGACAUGCUGGACCUAUCAUUGGUGGACGAUCGGCAGUGGCAUGUGCAAGCGUGCAGUGCUAACACCGGGAAGGGAGUGUAUGAAGGUCUUGAUUGGCUGGCCGACGCCUUGAAGCCUUCUUAAGCUUACUACCUUCGACUUUCAUUAUCUCCGACAUACUGCAGACAGUUUGUUUGAAUUGUUCAGCUAUGGCGUCCUCCCUACGAAGACAGAGCAGCUACGAGUUUUAUCAAACCUCAAGGCUUGGCUGAAGCUACUGAAUUAGCUUUUUUGAGUCUAGGGAAGCGAUGCUGAGUAACCGUGUUCUUGAUUAACACGGCAGCAUGAGCUGGGGUUACUGAAACAGAUUGAAUGGAGCAAAUCAUGUCCUCCUUCCCCUUCUCUCGGUGUUAAUUUAUUUAUUUUUGUUUCGGUGGUUUUUGAGAGCUUCAGGAAUAGAUGCCUGUUGCGGGUUAGCCUCUGCACCAUCAUGUGUGGGUUGUGAUAAAAUUUUGAGGCCUGCAAGAUUGGAUUGCUGGGUAGAAUGCAGGAUUAGCUUGCCGCAGUGAUCAAUCAAUUCCUUUGUAAAGUAUUUGAUCCUCUCUUGUGAAUACUUUUCAGUUCAUCAUGCUAUUUUACCAAGCAUGACAUUUGUGCGGUCAUUUGGUUCAGUAAACGAGUUUUCUUUCUUUCGCA